CCUGUCCACAUCACAGUUACUUUAGAUUUCACCUGCUCAUACAUAUAAUGCAAAACAACUGAUUUAAUACAGCAAACAAGUCAGCCAUUGCAAUCAAGAACAAAUGCCAUAAUGCGAAGACUGAAUGCCCUUAACCAGAAACAGGCUUUGAAAGUUGUGAAGGAGUUUGAUGCCUUUCCAAAAGUCCCAGAUGACUACAAGAAAACAACACCGACAGGAGGGGGAGUUUCCAUCGUGGUCUUUAUCCUCAUUGCUAUCUUAGUGAUGUCAGAAGUGGCCUACUAUGCAUCCACACAGCUCAAAUUUGACUACGAAGUCGAUACAGAUGCUGACGGAAAACUGAAAAUCAACAUUGAUAUGACUGUAGCAAUGCCUUGUCAGAUGAUUGGAGCGGAUGUGGUUGACAUGACCGGACAAGACACCAACAUGUUUGGACAGUUGACCUUAGACAAGGCCAUCUUUGAACUGACCCCACGACAACGUCAAUACCAGGAUGUGGUGCAGGAGAUUAAUGCCUACCUGAGGGAGGAAUAUCAUGCUAUACAAGAGCUUCUGUGGAUGUCUGGCAUCUCGGCUGUCUACAAACAGGGCAUGCCACCGAGGGAUGACAACCCAGUGGGUCAACCGGAUGCCUGCCGAGUUCAUGGAUCCUUGGAGGUCAACAAAGUGGCUGGAAAUUUUCACAUUACAGCAGGAAAGUCGGUGCCGAUGAUACCACGAGGACAUGCUCACAUAUCCAUGAUGAUUAAGAACUCUGAUUACAACUUCUCUCACAGAAUUGACCAUUUCUCAUUUGGUGAACCUGUCAAUGGAGUGAUCAACCCCCUGGACGGAGAGGAGAAUGUUACCCCAGACAACUUCUAUAUGUACCAGUACUUUAUGCAGAUAGUGCCGACAGAAGUUAGAACAUACGCGGCCAAUGUUGACACCUACCAGUAUGCCGUUUCACAUCGGAAUCGAAGCAUUAACCAUUCCUCAGGGAGCCAUGGAGUGCCAGGGAUAUUCGUGAAGUAUGAUCUCAACUCUCUGAAAAUUCGUGUACGAGAAGUUCACCGACCAUUUGGACAGUUUCUCAUACGAUUAAUUGGUAUUGUUGGAGGAAUAUUUUCUGUAUCAGGUAUAAUGCACUCCCUGGCUGGUUUUGUAACAGAUCUGAUAUGCUGCAAAUUCAAACUAGGACAAUACAAGAAGGAAAACUUCAGCGAUAUCGCCGAUUCUAGUUCUAUUACGGACAAUUUUCCCACGGAAAACAUCCCUGGAGUUAAUUUAUUGGCAACAGACAGCUGAUAAUAGCGAUUAUUAAUAAGUUCUAUUUUUUAUUAUUUAAGUACAAACAAGGUUUUUACUGUUAAUGAAAAUUAAGAAAUAUUUGGAGAAAAAAAAAUUGUGAGUACUUGCAGUACCUACAGCCAUUCCUAACAAGUGAUAUUUGCUAGAAUUUUAAUUUGCUAAACAUGUAUUUUCAAUCAGGUAAUAUACACUGAAUCUUUAAGAUAGCCUUCCAAUAUUUUUCUUAGUAUGUUGGGGUAAGGGGAUGGAGCUUAGAAGACCAAACAGAAAUGCUUUUAGUUGCAGGGAAGGGGGGGGGGGGGGAAGGUUAGAAGACCAAACGUAGAUGUUAAAAAAGUUUGUUUACAACAAUUAUGAAACAAGUUAUUCAACUUACAUAUAUAUAUCAGUAUUUUUGGCCCAGAUGUUAGCACACCGGGGGUCUUAAUGUGGGAGGAAACU